GUCAGUAGGAAUAUGAAACAUACUUCAACUUCUUGGACCAUUUUGUGGAAAAACGUUUAAUUUGUACCCCUUUGUGAUGUUAAUAUGAAUUGCGACUUUUGUUUCGAGGUGUAGAUUUUCAGGGCUAGCGGUGUGUAAAUUUGUUUGCCGGAAGAGUUCGUCGCACUGCAGUGUGAUGUGCUGACUGUGCUGUGCUGUGCUGGCUCUACUGUGCUGGCUCUACUGUGCUGCUUUUUUCGUGACACACCAGCCAUGUUGUACGCGCCUUGUUUUUUCUUUUUUUAAAAAAAAAGGUCUCCACAGCUUUCCGCGCGCUUUGUUUCUGUCCAACUGUUUUUUCCGAAGAGCUUCGCGCGUGGAUACACGUAUACACGUAUACACACAAGCGUACAAACGCACGUGCACGCCGACUCGUUCCGCACCAAAUUGUAUCUUGAGAAGGUCAUUCAGGACAACGUACGCUGUUUUGCAUUCCUUGGCCGUUCUCGCGAUUUUUUUUUUAGUGUAAGUGGCGCGGGGAGUUACUCCUUCGUAGGGCUUCCUGCACUUGUCUUAGCAUUCAUUUGGCGCUAUUCCGCUUCGCGACACUUUUUCGCCUCUCGCUGCUUCCCCGCGAAGAGCACAACCUAGCGAUCGACUCGGCAACCAAAAUGGACGGGGCGUACGGAAUGAGAACCGUCUUGAAUUCCUCCCGACUUGAGGAGGAGCCAAAAUACACCCUGAACCCAGCGGACCUCCCGCACAGCAGCAUGAACGCAAACAACAUGAUGAACGGAGCCGUGCUGACCAAUGGCUACCACACCAGUGACUACGUAAUUAACAGAGAGAGCUACCCACCUGACAUGAUGCCUCAAUUUAAAAUAGACCAGGGCGGAAGCGCAUACAACAAUACAAUGCCAAUGAACAGCAUCAUACAUACAGACCCAAAUGAGUCUAUAAACAUGCAAGGAAUGAAGACGUGUCUGGAAACGACCACCGGAUUUGAUAGUUACAGAAACUUAAUGAAUUAUAACAACACACAAAAUACAAUUCAAGCUAGCCAAGUACCAUUCCAUUUGGACGAUUAUAAUUCUGGGGCAGACCUGAUGUACAUGAGUCAUCCACACACAGGUGAUAACUUCUCCCCUGAUUACCUGAACAACUUGCGAUCGACAGAAACGGACCCCAUGACGUAUGGGAACAACUUUAACAUCCCCAAUGGGCAGUUCAACAGCAUGUUGGGGGAAAAUAACAAUUAUAAUAGCUUGCCUUACUCUAUGCCCAUUUUUGAAAAUAUGAAUAACCCUCAGAUGUACAUGCAGCAGAUGAAUUCCAAGCAGGCCCUCUCUGGACCCACGCAGAAGAUGGACCAUACUUGCAGCAUUAGGAAGAUGCCUGCCGUUAGCAAGAGGAAGAUUAAGCCGAAGAAGUUCUUCCCCUGUUGUUAGGGUGCGUCCCUUUAAGUGUCCACAUGGGGAGUAGCGGCCGAUGAAGUGCCGGUUCCGUUUGCCUUCCCACGUAACACCGCUGGGUUUGGUCACUGCCAUUUGGGUUUUUCCCUCCCCCGUUUUACUUAAUCCAAAUUUGCGUUUCAUUUUUGUACUAACGUGGUGAACUACGUCGAUACGCGGUGUGCACGACCCGUUUUGUGAAUCCCUUUCUUUCUUUGUUUAAGCGUCCACCCCUCCUGCAGAAGUAUGUCUAGGCUAUCUGCAAGCCGCACCUGUUAUGUGCUCGCCCACCCUGCUAGCUACGUAAAAAUAGCUACACCGAUUUGUGAAAAUUAUUUGGCUUUUUUUUUUGUCGUGCGGCAGACCACUGUGGAGAUGCAAAUGGCUGGGCAGUUCGCUCUUCAUCGAUUCUGCUAUUCACCGCGUUGUGUUUUCGCCUUUUUAAUUUUUUUUCUUUUUUUUGUCGCCUCUUCAUUGUCGCCUUUUUUUAUUCCACUCCGUCGCCGCGUCGUCCCAACAUGUCCGAUUGCCGUUUGUAAAAGUGGGUAGUUACGCC